UAGAGGGGAAAGGGAGAGGGAGGAAUAAAGGAACUGGACUGCAUUCACUGCUUCUUUCUCUUUCCAAGUGUGUGCCUGUAAUCAAAUUAUCCAAUUCAGGAGCCAUGCCUCGUGGGGACUUCACGGUUCAUUUUGCAAGCAGAGGACGUGGCACCUACAUCAGAGCAGAGGAGGCUGCUGGUAUUGCUUUCCUGGCGAUUGUCCUUACUGCGAUGUUUAUUCUGGGCUGUUGGUACUACCGCAAACGCAAUGGAUAUAGGAUGAUUCAGAACUCCAGAGGCCUGAGUCUUUCCUGGAGGGAACUUGUGAGAUCGGGACAGUACAGUGAACUAGGGGCUGCAGGCAAUAACAAAAUGGCCCUUAAUGAAUUCAGCAACAGCCAAUCGGUGUUCCCUAACGCCCCACCAGCCUAUGAGAAGAUCACCACUGGACCAUCACCACCACCUUACUCACCCUAAAGAAGAAUUUUUUUUAACCUUCUGUGGGAUUCUGUCAUUUGUAAAUGGCACACAGAACGUAAACAAGGAAAAGCUAAAAAAAAAAAUAAAUAAAUGUUAAUUAUACUGUUCACCUUUCAUCUAUUUUAACCAGUGCAAUUAAGUUAUUUGUGAGCCAAUUAGCAUUUAUGGUUUUAUGGAGCCAUAACAAACCAUUGGUGUCUUAGCUUAGGCUUAGUGUAUAACUUUCAAUAUUCUUAAACACACAUUAAACAAAAUUUGACUGCUUU